GCGAUUCUGGAGUUGACUCCGAGCCGCGGCCGAGGCCCGAUUAGCCAGUCCGGCAGCACUCGGGCACUUUCGGACAGGAGGAGGCGGAGAGCCGAAGCUCGGGAGGAUCCGGGCUCGGGGCCGUUCGGCUCCGCUCGGCUCCGCCUCGGGCCGACUCGGCUUCCGCUCGCGGCGGGGGCGGGCGGAGCGUGCGGCGCAAGGUUCUCCUGGCCGGGUGGCGUUGCGUCGAAGCCUGGCGAGAGCCGGCCCCACAGUCGGCGACCCUGUAGGCCAGGGACGACGGCCGGCGAGGCCUCCUUGGCGCUGAGGAGGACUAGCGCCGAGCCGCUCGGAAACUCUCGUGCGGCCUCGGACCAAUUCGGACCGACUCGGCUCUGCACUUCGGGCCGCUUCGGCCCUUUUCGGUUCCGGACUCUUGAUCGUCGGCUCGGCUCGACUGGGCCGCUUCGUGCCGGUUCGGCCACUGUUCGGGCGGCCUCGGCUCGGCAGGGCGGGCGACUUCGGGAGGCCUCGGCUAGGCUUCGCGCAGCCUCGGCUCGGCUCGGGCGGCCCUCCUCGGGCGGCGCGCUUCGGACUCGGCCCCGGCCUUCGGGCGCCCCCGGCCUGCGCCUUCGGGCGGGCUCGGCGGAGUCCGGAUGGAGGACUCGGACUCGGCCGCCAAGCAGCUGGGCCUGGCCGAGGCGGCGGCGGUGGCGGCCGCGGCCGCUGUGGCGGCGGCGGCCGCGGCCGCGGCGGGAGGCGAGGCAGAGGAGCCGGUGCUCAGCAGAGACGAGGACUCGGAAGAGGACGGGGACUCAGAGGCGGAGCGCGAGACGCGGCGGGUGACGGCCGUGGCGGUGAUGGCCGCCGAGCCUGGGCACAUGGACAUGGGCGCCGAGGCCCUGCCCGGCCCCGACGAGGCCGCCGCGGCCGCCGCCUUCGCAGAGGUGACCACUGUGACGGUGGCUAACGUGGGUGCGUCUGCAGACAAUGUCUUCACCACGUCAGUGGCGAACGCCGCCUCGCUCUCGGGACACGUUCUGUCUGGGAGGACAGCCCUUCAGAUUGGGGACAGCCUGAACACUGAGAAAGCCACGCUGAUUGUCGUGCACACGGAUGGGAGCAUCGUGGAAACCACCGGGCUGAAGGGGCCCGCCGCGCCUCUCACGCCAGGUCCUCAGUCUCCUCCAACUCCUCUGGCUCCUGGCCAAGAAAAAGGUGGCACCAAAUACAACUGGGACCCGUCGGUGUACGACAGCGAGCUGCCCGUGCGGUGCCGGAACAUCAGCGGCACGCUGUACAAGAACAGGCUCGGCUCAGGAGGCCGGGGGCGGUGCAUUAAGCAGGGCGAGAACUGGUACAGUCCAACUGAGUUUGAAGCCAUGGCAGGAAGAGCCAGCAGUAAGGACUGGAAGAGGAGCAUUCGCUACGCAGGCAGGCCGCUGCAGUGCCUCAUUCAGGACGGGAUCCUAAACCCACACGCCGCCUCCUGCACCUGUGCCGCCUGCUGCGACGACAUGACCCUGAGCGGCCCCGUCCGGCUCUUCGUCCCCUACAAGAGGCGCAAGAAGGAGAACGAGCUGCCCACCACCCCGGUGAAGAAGGACUCCCCCAAGAACAUCGCGCUGCUUCCCGCCACCGCUGCCACCACCUUCACCGUGACCCCCUCAGGACAGAUCACUACCUCUGGCGCUCUGACCUUUGACCGGGCAUCCACUGUGGAGGCCACCGCCGUGAUCUCGGAGAGUCCGGCCCAGGGUGACGUUUUCGCAGGAGCUACAGUCCAGGAAGCGGGCGUGCAGCCGCCGUGCCGGGUCGGCCAUCCGGAGCCCCACUACCCGGGCUACCAGGACAGCUGUCAGAUUGCGCCGUUCCCGGAAGCUGCGCUGCCAACGGCUCAUCCCAAGAUAGUGUUGACAUCCCUGCCAGCCCUGGCCGUCCCGCCCUCUACCCCCACCAAAGGCGUCCCUCCCACGAUGGUCAAUGGGCUGGAGAUGUCGGAGCAGCGGAGCUGGCUGUACCUGGAAGAGAUGGUCAAUUCCUUGCUCAAUACCGCCCAGCAACUGAAGACGCUGUUCGAACAAGCCAAGCAGGCCAGCUCCUACCGGGAGGCCGCUGUGGCCCAGGCCAGAGCUCAGGCCGAUGCGGAGCGGAAAGAGGUGUGGGAAGAUAUGCAGAUACAGAAUGACUGUCAUGAAGAAGUUUACACUCACCGUUCCCUAGAAAUAAGAGGCACGCCAUGCCACGCUGGGCCACACUUGGCCACACCGGGCCACGUGAGGAAGUACCAGGAGUUCGCUCACCCUCUGGUGUCAUUGAGGCCCAGGCACAUGGAGCACUGGCUGCGGAAAAUAAAGAGCAGAGUUAGCCCAGCUGAGCUCCUUGGAUCUUCAACAGUCCUGCGUCAACUGUGGCCGGGAGGCCCUGAGCGAGUGCACCGGCUGCCACAAAGUCAACUACUGCUCCACCUUCUGCCAGCGCAAGGACUGGAAAGAUCACCAGCACAUGUGCGGGCAGUCAGCGGCCGUCACCGUUCAGGCCGACGAAGUCCACGUCACUGAGAGCGUGAUAGAGAAAGUCAACGUGUGAGAGCUUGCCGGGUCCCCUCUCCGCGGUGCCGUGUACCUGUCGCGGGUGCAGGACCCCUUGAGGACUUUGGGGUUGUUGAGGAGAAGGUGAAGAAACUUGCUGGCCAAGUUAUUAACAGACUUUGAGUGACCUGUCCCUUGGCAAUGAACUCCUGCCGCCGGAAGCCCCGAGGAGCGCGGGGCCGCGUGGGAUGGCGGCUCCUCUCGGUGCUCUUUUUUAUCCCUUGGAUCAUGAGUGUCCGUCUCACCCACGGGUGUGUCGUGUUCUGUAACACUCGUGUACAUACAUGUGUCUGUCAAUAAAGGGGAUGUCCCCGCUCCGCCCGGACGGGGGUUCCACUCCCGCGUCCUCACGCCCGCA